GACAAUGACCACUUCCCUGCAAGAUGGGCAGAGCGCCGCGGGUAGGGCGGCUGCCCAGGACUCGCCGCUGGCCACCCAGGUGUGCGGCGCUGCCCAGGGGAGGGGCGACGCCCGCGACCUGGAGCCUGCCCCCUGGUUGCACGCGCGGGCGCUCCUGCCCCCUCCGGACGGGACCCGCGGCUGUGCUGCAGACAGGAGAAAAAAGAAAGAUCUUGAUGUUCUGGAAAUGCCAUCUAUUCCAAACCCUUUUCCUGAGCUAUGCUGUUCUCCAUUUACAUCUGUGUUGUCAGCAGGCCUGUUUCCCAAAGCAAAUUCAAGGAAAAAGCAGGUAAUUAAAGUAUACAGUGAAGAUGAAACCAGCAGGGCUUUAGAGGUACCCAGUGACAUAACUGCCCGAGAUGUUUGCCAGCUGUUGAUCCUGAAGAAUCAUUACAUUGAUGACCACAGCUGGACCCUUUUUGAGCAUCUGCCUCACAUAGGUCUAGAAAGAACAAUGGAAGACCAUGAGCUGGUGAUUGAAGUGCUAUCUACCUGGGGAAUGGAAGAAGAAAAUAAACUAUACUUUAGAAAAAAUUAUGCCAAAUAUGAAUUCUUUAAAAACCCAAUGUAUUUUUUUCCAGAGCAUAUGGUGUCUUUUGCAACUGAAACCAAUGGUGAAAUAUCCCCCACACAGAUUUUGCAGAUGUUUCUGAGUUCAAGCACAUACCCUGAAAUCCAUGGCUUCUUACAUGCAAAAGAGCAGGGAAAGAAGUCCUGGAAAAAGAUUUACUUCCUUCUAAGAAGAUCUGGUUUAUAUUUUUCUACUAAAGGGACAUCAAAGGAACCCCGGCAUUUGCAGUUUUUCAGCGAAUUUGGCAAUAGUGAUAUUUAUGUGUCCCUGGCAGGCAAAAAAAAACACGGAGCACCGACUAACUAUGGAUUCUGCUUUAAGCCUAACAAAGCGGGAGGGCCCCGAGACCUGAAAAUGCUCUGUGCAGAAGAAGAGCAGAGUAGGACAUGCUGGGUGACUGCGAUUAGAUUGCUUAAGUACGGCAUGCAGCUGUACCAGAAUUACAUGCAUCCCUAUCAAGGUAGAAGUGGCUGCAGUUCUCAGAGUGUCUCACCCAUGAGAAGUAUAUCAGAGAAUUCUCUCGUAGCAAUGGACUUCUCAGGACAGAAAAGCAGAGUUAUAGAAAAUCCCACGGAAGCUCUUUCAGUCGCUGUUGAAGAAGGACUUGCUUGGAGGAAAAAAGGAUGUUUACGCCUGGCCACCCACGGUAGCCCAACUGCCCCUUCCCAGAGCUCGGCCACAAACAUGGCCAUCCACCGGUCCCAGCCAUGGUUUCACCACAAAAUUUCUAGAGAUGAAGCUCAGCGACUGAUUAUUCAGCAAGGACUUGUGGAUGGAGUUUUCUUGGUACGGGAUAGUCAGAGUAACCCCAAAACUUUCGUACUGUCAAUGAGUCAUGGACAAAAAAUAAAGCAUUUUCAAAUUAUACCAGUGGAAGACGAUGGUGAACUGUUCCACACCCUGGAUGAUGGCCACACGAGAUUUACAGAUCUAAUCCAGCUGGUGGAGUUCUAUCAACUCAAUAAGGGCGUUCUUCCUUGCAAGUUGAAACAUUAUUGUGCUAGGAUUGCUCUUUAGCCAAACCAGAAGUGACUUAUUAAACUGUUGAAGAAAAAGGACUCACUACAAAAAAAAAAAAAAAAGAAAGAAAGAAAA